UUGCCCUGGAAAGCUGAUUUUGUUUUCUAUUUAGAUUCGGGGAAAGUGGGGGAGCAAAAUAAGCCGCAAUUUUGGUUUUGCUCAGUCAUUAAUUAUUUCACUGUUUCCCCUGGCGAGCACCACCCGCUCUGCUGGGCGUGCCCUGCAGCGGGCUGGGGCAGCAAUCCCACAGGGACAAAAAUGCAGCCGAAAACUUAAAGAUAGCCAUGGUAAGGUGUUAAAAGUACCCGAAUUAAAGCAAACAAACAAAAUCCAAAAGGAAAAGAAAAAACCCACAAAACCCCGAAAACAAAUGCCCCCCAGCGCUUUAGGUGGUGAGUGUCUGCAGCUUUACGGAUGUUUAUCAGUGAGCCGCUCGCCCCAGCGCAGGGUCCGUGCCCAGCGGGGUGUGUGGGUUUGUUUUCGGCCAGCGGCGCGGCCCGGCUGGCUCCGGCGGGCUUGGACCGGACCCCGAGCCCCCGGAGCGCUGCGGGGCCGAACGGCCGCGCCCCCUCACGGCCCCGUGCAGCGCCCUCCCCAUCAUGGCGGACACGCCUCCCCCGUGAGCCGCGACAUGGCGGGCGGGCCCCUCGGCCCAGCGGCCGCCCGACCUCCCCAACAUGGCGGCCGCCCCCUGGCGCCGGCGGCGGCCAGGUUGAGGCGUCGGCUCGGCCGCCCUCCCGCUCCGCCUCCCGGGCGGCGGCGCUCCCGCCCCGCCCCGCCGUGCCCGUGUGCGCGGGGAGCCCGCGGGGAGCAGCGCUCCGCUCCGCGGGGCGCCAUGGGGCGGGCGGGCCGCCGGCUGCCCGCGCUGGCAGCGCUCUUCUACGGGGCGCUGGCGGCCCUGGUGCUGCUGGGCGUGCGGGACGUGAUGUUCCUCUACGAGGAGAACCGGUGCAGCAUGACCUACAUGUACGAGUACCCCGAGUACCUGAAAAUAAAAUUACCCAAGAAGACAGCCAGACGAUACCCAGCAUAUGAGCUGUAUCUCUAUGGGGAAGGGAACUAUGCUGAAGAAAACAAAAAUCUCCUAUUGACAGGAAUUCCAGUUCUCUUUCUUCCCGGGAAUGCUGGCAGUUAUAAACAAGUACGUUCCCUUGGCUCCAUUGCACUUAGAAAAGCAGAAGAUGUUGACUUCAAGUAUCAUUUUAAUUUCUUCAGUGUCAACUUUAAUGAGGAGUUGGUUGCAUUGUAUGGUGGUAGCCUGCAACGACAGACCAAGUUUGUGCAUGAGUGCAUAAAAGUAAUUCUGAAGUUGUACAGGGAUCGAGAAUUCGCACCGAGCAGUGUAGCAAUAGUUGGGCAUUCCAUGGGUGGUCUUGUUGCAAGAGCAUUGCUCACUCUGAAGAAUUUUAAGCCUGAACUUAUAAACCUGCUCAUUACACAAGCCACACCUCACGUUGCACCUGUAAUGCCUUUAGACAAAUAUCUUACUGAUUUUUAUACAGCUGUAAACAAUCAUUGGAUUCUAAAGGCCCAAGAUUUAAGAAAUUUAACUACCCUUUCUGUGGCGGGAGGAUUCAGAGAUUACCAAGUUCGUUCAGGACUGGCUUUUCUACCAAGAUUGAGUCAACAUGACAGUGCCUUAUCUGUUGUGAGCUCAGCUGUGCCUAGAGCUUGGGCCUCAACUGACCAUCUCUCCAUAGUGUGGUGCAAAGAACUGAUCCUGGCUACUAUUAGAGCUUUCUUUGAUCUCAUAGAUGAAAACACAAGGCAGAUAACUGAGGACCCCAAAAAGAGAAUGUCUGUACUGAAUCACCACUUUGUGAGACACCCUGCGAAGAUGUUUGAGGAAAAUCCUGAAGCUUUUACAAACCUCACAGGAACUUUCAUGUGGAUUACAGUCAAAGGCUCAAAAUGGACUUAUUCAGUUUACAAUGAUUCUGAUGGAAAAUAUUUCUCAUUUCCUCUUGAAAACCACAGAAAAUCAUACAGUCAUGUUUACUGUGAAAAUAGUAUGUUGGACACAAGUAGCUGGAUUUAUGGCUGCAUGAACACUAAUUCAUCAAUGUGCCUGGAAGCUGCUGAUUUAUCCUGGAGAGCUGAGUUACUUCCAACCACCAAGGUUGUAAUGCUGAAACUUGUGGACUAUCCUUCUUUGUCCCACAUUGUCAUUCAGGUGCCACCUGCAGUUGGCAAUAAGUAUACUUUGGGCUGUGAAUUCUUCAAAGAGGAUUCCAGAACAGUACAGCUCCCUGUAACACAUCUUUUUUCAUUUGGGCUUUCUUCAAGCAAAAUUCUAUUAAAUUCAACUGGAUUGCUUUACAAUGUCCAGCUCCUACACUUCAACCAAAUAUAUCAAGCUUUCAAAAUUUAUAUAGACAGCCAUUGCCAGUCACUCAGAGAAAGAAAACCUAGUGUUUACAGACUUCAUAUCCCCUGGUCAUAUGAAGACUCAAUAACUGUAGCGAAAGUUCCAUCUCAUGCUGAGAUUUCUGCCAGACUUCACAUUGCUCAGCCUCCCAACGACAGCAGCCUGCCAGAGUUAAACAUCUACUCUUCCCCAGACUGUCAGUAUGAAGUAAUUCUGAAGACAUCACUUCUACAGGUUCUUGGACAGAUAGUAAGGUUCCAUGCUGGUGCUUUUCCAGUCUAUAUUGUUUCUAAUAUUCUUCUUACUUAUGGAGGACAACUGAGCACAUUGAGAGCAACAGGCCAGUGUUCAGACUUCUCCCUCGAACUAGUUAGGACAGCAAAGCCCUACAAAGUAGAACCUCUUAUAAGCAUUGUUGUGUUUCUGCAGGGGUUUAACUGGUUUAGAGAGAUAUGGGAAUCACUGUCACUACCAGAGGUGGAUGCUGCUGUACUGAGUAGUCAGGAUGCAUGGUUCCCCCUUGUGUCCCUGAUUCUAUUUCUUUUUGGGACAGGCAUUGCCUACUGGAGUGGAAUAUUUUUCUCUGCAUCUCUGAGACUCUUCUCUUCAUUAUGGUUAAUUCUAAUUAGACCUACUGUACUUCAACAAGAUAAGUUGAUUACACCUAGAAGGCUCUGUGGGAUGAUAUCUCUUGCUUUGGUUAGCUGGACCACUUGUGGUGCAUUUGCUGUACUUAUUAUUUAUCUUCAAUACUUGUUCAAGGUUGUAAAACUGCAGGUGACUGUAAGAGCAGAGCAAAACAUGCACAACGGGGAUUCAGGCCUCUCAAAAGAAACUUCGCAGAACUCCAGUACACACACAGUCAAAGCCCAGAGUUCGGUGGACAGCAUUCCAGAAGCAACACAGUCUCCUUCCAACAGUAAAACACUUGCUGAAGCUGUUAACAGUCUUAAGAUGCACAUUACAAUCCUUAAUUUAUUCACGUGGAUUGUGCUGCUCAGCUUGCCAUCUUUAAUUUAUUGGUUAAAAAAUCUCAGGUACAAUAUUAGACUUGAUCCUGAUCCCUGUAGAUCUACAGCUGUUAUCCUCAUAUGCAUUUUAGAAAUUCUGAUGAAUUCAAGUACUUCUGAAGUGAAAUCAAGUAAACUCUUGAAGAUUGCAGCCAAAGUUCCACUCCCUUUGUCUGUUGCAAUGCUGGCCUUUGGACGGAUGCAUUUAUACAGAGUCCCACACUUUGUAACCUUCUCUCUUCUUCUACAUGUGCUGUGCUGUUUUGUGUAAUGUUCA